UCAGUUUCAUAACAACUCGAAUACUGUAGAAAUGGAGGUUGAUUGAAAAUUGAAAUCGCGAAUGGUUUGAUUAAUCGGCGUCGCAUCCGAAUUCCGAGCUAGAUCCCUAAACCCCUCUUUCCUCACUAACCGCCAUGGCGGCGAUAGCCAAACGCCUCCUCAAUCUCCACUCCAAUGCUCGCCCGCCAAUUCUCAUCCUCCUCCGAUCAAUCACAAUCGCCUCCUUCAGUCUCAUUUCCCUGUGGUGGUCCCACGGACGAGAUGCGUCAGCGCCUCUCGGAGUUCCGCUCCCGCACCGCGCCGCCGCCGAGUUCCGUCGAUAAAUACGUUUCGCUGCACGAGCUCUACGAGAAGAACAUCAAAUUCAAGGGCGAAAACUCCGGCGACCGGUCUAGUAUCGGUGCUGGCGACGGUAAUCACUCACUCGAAUCCAUUUGGAAGGAAGCCCUUUGAUUCGUCGGCGAUUUCGAUUUUUACCAAGGGUUUGAGGAUGAAAGCUGCCGUGCCCUGGAUGGGAGAGGAAAAAGUGAGGAGAUGGGGAAUAGGGCAGGACUCCCGCAUGUAGUUGCAGAUGGUCUUUUCAAAAUACACAAGGACAGUCUCCAAAAGGAAAAACACAAAGGGCCGCUUGUGAGUAUUAAUAUUUUGGGUUCCAUGGGUGCGGCCCUAGAUGAGAAGAUAGCAGGACCCCCAUUCCCCCAAAAGAUCAUUUAAUUGAGAGUUAUUUUCGUUCUGACAACAUGUCAUCUGCUGAGAAACUGAAGUUGGAGAUUGAAAAACUAAGAGAUGAAUUUAAAAUGUCGGAGUCAGAUUGUGGUUCCGCUUGUGCUCAAGUGGCUCAAUUGACAACAAAGAUUAAACAUCUGUCAACUGUUUUACAUAAAAAGGAUAAGCAUUCUACAGGGGGCCUUCUAGCAAUUAUUCAAAGGAGGAAGAAGCUGUUGAAAUAUCUCAGACGGACUGACUGGGACUCGUACUGCCUUGUUCUCUCGAAGCUUGGUCUCCGUGAUAACCCUGAUGUUAAAGCCUAGGCAACUGCUGAUGGAAAGUGAGUUUUCAGGUUAGAAAUUUCUGUAGUAGAUUCAGCAGCGAUUGCCUUGGUUUUAUUUUUUGGCAACACUUUGUUGGAACGAUAGAAAUAAUUUUGUUUUCUUUCUGGAAACCUGAGAUUUAAUCAACAUGCUAUGGGGGUUAAUUUUAGCCCCUCAAAUCUGGAAAUUCUUGGUCAUCCAAUAAUAUGUAAAUUUUGAUUUUGUUAUAGUU